UCAUGCUCCUCUGUGCAAUGGGUUUGCUCUUAAAGCCCCCUUUUAAGUGACUCCCCCCAGAAACCUGUGGGAAAGCAGGAACUUCUUCCAAGAAGGGGCGGGAAGAAACGAGGCGGACAUGAAGGGUGUGUGCCUUUCUGGGGAGGAGCAGACUCUCUAAGGGCAGCGCCCGGGGCUGUCAUCUCUGACAACACGGGGCCUGCCGCCGACAGAUGAGACCGCACACCUUUUGGGGGGAAAUGGUUUGACGUUAGACUCAAGAGCCCUGAACGUCCGGUUUUGUGCUUAGAAUGAAUUUCGCUGCCGUUUUUUCCAUAAGAUACUCGAGUUUCCUGGGAAAUGCUGAAAGUGCUCUUGGUGCCUCGGGUUUUGGGUGGGGUGUUUGUUUUUUUUUUUUUUUAACUUUUUUUUAGCUAACUUAAGUAAUCGCGACACCCAUUGUGGGGCUCGAACUCCCCACCACGAGAGCAGGAGUCCCCUGCUCUUCUGACUGAGCCAGCCGGGCGCCCCGUGGUGCCUGUUUCAGAGCAGCUGCAAGUCCUUUGGGGAGAAAGGUGACGAGAGCCCUCUGAUGACCGCAGAAGUCAAGGGCUGGGCGUAGGCCCUGCCAUGUUCCGCAGGCUGGGCUGGCUGGUCCUGUACAGCCUGGCUGUGCUGCUGCUUAGCUGCCUGCUCUUCCUGAAGAAGGAGGCCAAGCCGAUGGGGGGCAACGUGGGCCGCCAGGCCUUCUGGGCUCCCCCAGGGCCCCGCCGCAGCCAGUGUCCCCCCAACCGCACGGUGGCUAACGUCUCCCUGUCCUUGCCUAGCCGUCACCGCCUCUUCUUGACCUAUCGCCACUGCCGCAACUUCUCCAUCUUGCUGGAGCCUUCGGGCUGUGCCGAGGACACCUUCCUGCUCCUGGCCAUCAAGUCACAGCCAGGCCACGUGGAGCGGCGCGCGGCUAUCCGCAGCACGUGGGGCCGGGCGGGGGGCUGGGCUAGGGGCCGGCAGCUGAAGCUCGUGUUCCUCCUGGGGGUGGCCGGACCUGCGCCCCCCGCCCAGCUGCUGGCCUAUGAGAGUCAGGAGUUUGAUGAUAUCCUGCAGUGGGACUUUGCGGAGGACUUCUUCAACUUGACGCUCAAGGAGCUGCACUUGCAUCGCUGGGUGGCGGUUGCCUGUCCCCAGGCCCACUUUGUGCUAAAGGGCGAUGACGACGUCUUUGUCCAUGUCCCCAAUGUGCUGGAGUUCCUGGAUGGCUGGGACCCAGGCCACGACCUCCUGGUAGGAGAUGUGAUCCGCCAGGCCCUGCCCAACAGGAACACCAAGGUCAAGUACUUCAUCCCCCCCUCCAUGUACAGGGCCCGCCACUACCCGCCCUAUGCGGGGGGUGGGGGAUAUGUCAUGUCCAGAGCCACCGUGCAGCACCUCCGAGAAGCCGUGGAAGAGGCCGAACUCUUCCCCAUCGAUGACGUCUUUGUGGGUAUGUGCCUGAGAAAGCUGGGGGUGAGCCCCGUGCACCACGCUGGCUUUAAGACAUUUGGAAUACGGCGGCCCCUGGACCCCCUAGACCCCUGCCUGUACCGGGGCCUCCUGCUGGUACACCGCCUCAGCCCCCUAGAGAUGUGGACCAUGUGGGCGCUGGUGACAGAUGAGGGGCUCAAGUGUGCAGCAGCCCCCCUGCCUCAACUCCGAGGGGUGGGUUGAGUAGACCUAGUGUUGAUUUUCUGAUCAUGAUGACAAAUUGAGAACCUUGACACUUGACCCUGAUGGUCUAUAGGAAAUGCUGACUUCGGGGCGCCUGGGUGGCACAGCGGUGAAGCGUCUGCCUUCAGCUCAGGGCGUGAUCCCGGUGUUAUGGGAUCGAGCCCCACAUCAGGCUCCUCUGCUAUGAGCCUGCUUCUUCCU